GACUAAGUGGCUUGAUCUUGGUCUUGGAAGCGUAUUCUUAUCCGCUACGGAGGUUACGGUACGAAGCGAAACAUCCGGGGUCGUUUACUGCGAAAGGAAGCCGGUUGAUCUUCGCGCGCGCGCGCCCCUAUUCUCCGCAUUGAUUUUCCGCAUUACGGCGAUGUCUUAGCGGCGUCGCAGAUGUCGUUGGAAGAUGGUUUUUUUUUGUGCCUCUGCCUCUCUUCGGGAUAUUUAUGUACGCUGCCUUUCCCGUCGCGCUUUUGUGCGGCCUGCAUGUGCGACAUAUCUCGCGUUACAGCGCUGCGGUGACGACAUAUUUAUAAAUUAAUUCGUAGCCGCCUCCGAACUGCGAUGGCUCCCUCCGCGAUUGAGGUUACCCCACAACAACAAUCGGGUGUCGCGCCCGCGGAUACAAGCAAUGUUGGGGUUCCUCCAGGCCUAAAACUGAUUCCAAGUGAAAAGCUUGAUCCGCGCGGUGAUGAGGAAAUCGCGGUAUGGCUUCAGACCCGCCAUCCCGUCACGUCGGACAAGAAUGUUUGGGCGUACUGGCAUACAGGAUACGCGAAUAUGCCGCCCUGGGUCCAACGGAAUGUCAUCAAUUGGGUUCGCAGACUAGGUCCAGAUUGGACUGUCCAUUUGCUUGAUCGAGUAGAUGGGUCUGAGACGAAUGUUAGUCAUUUUGUCGAUGAUUCGUUCUUCCCCGAAUGCUUCAAGAACAACACGAUGGAUGGUCCUACAGUGGGGCCGCAUUCCGGGGAUCUCGUGCGUCUCCCCUUGCUCUGGCUUUAUGGGGGUGUCUGGAUCGAUGCUGGUUCAUUCCUAUUCCGACAUGUCGAUGAUAUUUGCUGGAAGAAGAUCGAGGAUCCGGAGUCUCCGUACGAAAUGGCGGGUUUCGUGAUUGAGAUGCGUCCAGGGGUUGAAAUCAUGUUAAACGGUUUCAUUGCCACUAAGCGCAGUAACCCAUUCAUUAAGCGUUGGAUGGAAAUAUUCAAGGAACUCUGGAAUGGUGUAACAAAUGUUCAUGGUUUCCAUAAGCAUCCAUUGUUAAGACAUCUCCCAAUGCUGUGUCCGCCUACGGAUAAGCUGAAUUUACCCCCUCAGGGGCUCAAUGUCGUGAUGGAGCAGUUCACCGACUACAUGUCUCAAAUAAUGAGUUUCGAACGACUUCGGAAACUCAUUGACCCAUCAGACGGCUUCAACGGACCCGAGUACUACUCAAAUAAGAUGUUCCUGUGCUCAGCACUUCAGGAGACAUUCUAUUUUCAGCGGGUAACGGAAUGGUCGGGUACCAGGCAGUUCAACCUGCUCACGACCAAGCGCAAGGGUGACGGUGUUAUCAAGGACGAGAAUUGGCAUGCUGCGGAGAACUUCGUUCACGAUGCUCUCGCUAACACAGCCACCAUGAAACUAUCGCACGGCCCCCCUGGCGCCUUGGACUCGUUCCUGGCAGACCUGUGGGACUCGGAAGAGCACCACAGCAAAGAUAACGAGGACGGCACUUUUGCGGCGUACUUGAGGUACGGAAGCGUGCACUUUGAUCAGACGCGGGAGAUGGUCCCGAUAAAGAUGGGAUGGCCUGAGGAGGAAGUGUUAGAAGCAGGUGUUCUCGAGCCAAAGAAGUAACCCGUAGUGGCAUUCAUUCGUCAAGGAAGGAAAAUAUAUAUAGUGCAAUAUAUUCAAGGAUAUUUUUGCUUCAAUCUAAGUAAUGAUGGUCUGAGUCGCUUAUAGAUAGAUACAUGUUGAAAAAGAAAUAGUGUCAAUCUAAAAAUUGGUAUUUGUAAGGACUGACAAGCGAGGAAGAGCG